UGCGCAUGUACUUACCUUAUCCCACCUCUUUGCGUUAGUGCUUUCCGCGGUCAGGUGGUCAGGUGGCGCGCUUGCCUGGGUUCCAACCUCAAACUCUUAGAAGCUGUAAAGAAAUUGGAUGUUAGUGGUGACUUGUCAGGUGACACCUAUUUUGUGGCAGAGCCAGGAGGAAAACACAGUGCAGUUCACUUUCUCACUGGCCUCCCAGCUGAGUCUGCACAGCCCUCUGCACUUUCCCAAGAGCAGCAGCAUGAACGCAUCUCAGGUAUCAGUGUCAUUCAAGGACGUGACUGUGGAGGUCACCCAGGAGGAGUGGCACCAGAUGGACCCUGCUCAAAGAACCCUAUACAGAGAUGUGAUGCUGGAGAACUACAGCCACCUGGUCUCAUUGGGAUAUUGCUUUAUAAAAACAGAAGUAAUCUUCAAGUUGGAACAAGGAGAAGACCCAUGGUUAUUAGAGGAUGAAUUUGUAAACAGAAGUUACCUGGAUUAGUUGCACUCAAGAAAUUUCUCUUUUCCCAAGAUACACCCCUCCACCCCCAGAGCUCUGCCAAGUAGGAGUCAGGAUGGCAGCCACUGUGGUUCUUGAAGACGAAGGGAAGGACUCCAGGUACUAGUCCUCUCCUCCGUGGCUCCCAAAGUCGGGAGAUGUGGGCAGGCCUCCCUUGCACACCCUCAAUGGACGGUCUUGUUACUCUCUACAGACCCCAGGAAGGAGGUGGCCCUGAAGGACACUGGCUCGUGUGCAGUGAGCGCCUUGGCACAGGAGGGACUCAAGUUCUCUCUGCCUUUGGGUCAGGCUAUGACCCCCACCGAAGGGCUCAGGCCCGAGGGAGUGGGGUAGGGGUGCUUAUCAAGUAGGGGUCGCGGACAGCAGGAGCUGCGGGGUGCGGGGGGGGCUCUUGUAAGCGCGGCCGCAGUGGCCGCGGGCCUGCGUUUAACCGGGUGCGUGUGGAGCCGCCUGCUGGUCUGGUCAGACCAGGCCGGACCGCAAACAAGCCGCGCCCCCUGGUUCUCUGCGCCAGGGGUACUGGCGUUCGACGUCCAACUCCGGAAGUCCGCUGGGCCCAGCCCGUGAAGAAGGGUUGCAGUCAGAAACUCAGGGAUACUAGGGAGAGACUUUGCUGUGGGCCCCGCCUCCCACACGAACGCGGUGCGCAGCGGCCAAGGUGUCAAGGGGACAGCACGGCCCGGCCUCUGAGAACUAUGCCCGGUGAAUACCCCGGGGCGGGCCCUGCGCCACGACUGUCCACAUGUGACCUUUUUCUCCUUAGGGGUACGAUUUAUGGAGUGAAGGAGCGCCGCUUCCUCCCAGGCUCCGCAGCCCCGCUCAGGCCAGGAGCCCAGGAGGCGUCUCUGUGGGCCAGCGGCGCCCUGGCCUUCGUUUGGCCCUCCGGGUCUCCGUCCCAGCACAGCGGUUGGCGCGAGUUGGGGACGGCCGCGGGCGUGACACUCGUCAGCACGAACCGCGAGCACAGCGCGAGGAGCAUUUCAAUCUAAGGCCCCCGAGGAUAGGCCGGACUUAAGGGCUGUGCCAACUGGAGGGGCUGUGAGUCUGUGAAAGCCCCCGGGAGGCUGAGCAUGUAUAAUCCGUUAAAAUGAGUUCACUUAUGAGCUAAAGAGGUAGGAGAUUUCAUACUGCUCCUUGACCUAAAAAUUCUAAAUCUUGUUACUUUGACCCACACGUGUCUAUAUGUUAUAUAAACUAAAGAGAGGAACGGUGAGAAAAUUGUCCGGUUGAUUCCUCUCCAACAUUUCCGCCCUCCCCUCAUGCCUCUUCAAAUAAAAACAUACACAUGCAGA